CUCGGAGCCCCGGCACGUGCGCGUCUACGUCCUCAUUAGCCACUCAGCCCCUCGCCUCUCAAGUUGAGUUUAUAGCGCCGCCGGAGUCGGGACACAGGUGGGCGCUGCGGCCGGAACAGGACAGCAUCGUGUCUCGGCAGGUGCCAUCGUCUCAGCAGAAUGGAAAACCUGAAGAGUGCCAAGGCUUUCCUGGUAAUUUCUCUGCUUGUGCCAUGGCUGUGGCUGUCUGACGCCCAGAACAAUGUUUGUACUAAAGAGACGAUUGCCGAUAUCGUUUUCCUAGUCGACGGCUCAUGGAGCAUUGGAGUUUCAAACUUCCAAAAAGUCCGGGAGUUCCUGCAUACUCUCGUCGACAGCUUUGAUGUCGGUGAAGGAAAAGUGCAGAUUGGACUCAUUCAAUAUGGCAGCACAGCCCGCACUGAGUUUUUCCUGAAUCGGUUCCAUAAUAAGUCGGACAUAUUACAGUCCAUCCAGCAAAUGCGAUACAGCGGAGGAGGCACCCACACUGGCCUCGGGCUCGACUUCAUGCUGAAGGAGCACUUUGUCAAGUCGGCAGGCAGCAGGGCCGAGGACGGUGUGAUUCAGGUGGGGGUCGUCAUAACAGACGGUAAGUCGCAGGAUGGCGUCACGGAGGCGGCCAACGCCAUCAAAGAGAGAGGAAUCGCGUUGUAUGCCAUUGGCAUUAAGGACGCGGAUCUGAGCGAGCUCCACGAAAUCGCCAGUGACCCCGACGACAAGCACGUUUAUAGCGUCCAAGACUUUGCAGCCCUGAAGGUAAUUUCUGAGAACAUCAUCCAGGAACUGUGCCAUAACGUUGAAGAGGCGACGCGGCGCAUCAUCCAGGUACCCCAAGAAUGCAGGAAGGCCUCGGUGGCUGACAUCGUGUUUGUCGUAGACGGCUCAUCAAGCAUCGGGGAACCCAACUUUCAGCAGCUGAGGGACUUCCUCUACACGUUCGUGGACAGCCUGGACGUCAGCGUAGACAACGUGAGAGUCGGACUUGCCCAGUACAGCGAUGAUGCCCACAAGGAGUUCCUUCUCAAUACGUUCUCCAACAAAAGCGAGAUUCUGACCCACAUUCAAGACUUGGCCUACAGGAAGGGGGGCACGUACACGGGCAAAGCCCUCGAGUUCAUCAAAGAGCAGUACUUCACCCCAAGCGCCGGGAGCCGAGUCGACAAAGGCGUGCCACAGAUUGCUAUUGUCCUUACCGACGGGGAAUCGUCCGACAAUGUUAGCGCGCCCGCUAACGAGCUCCGCAAGCUGGGAGUUCUCGUGUACGUCAUUGGAAUUAAUGUGGCAGAGUACGGCGAGCUGAAGGAGAUUGCCAACAAGCCCUCGGAAAAGUUCCUGUACAACAUCGAAAAUUUUGAGGCAUUGAAGGAUCUGUCGACAAACUUGCUGCAGACAGUGUGCACCAGAGUGGAAGUGGAGCUCUCGGUUGUUGCUCCUCGUUAUGCAGACAUUGUGUUUCUAGUCGACGGAUCCUCCAGUAUGGGGACAGCUGCCUUUCAGCAGGUCAGGCAGUUCAUUUUGUCCAUUGUGAAUGCUCUUGAAGUCGGAAUCAAAAAGCACAGGGUUGGCCUGGCACAGUACAGCGACAACACCCAGGUGGAGUUCCUGUUGAACACCUACCAGAAGAAGAACGAAAUUCUCAAUCACAUCAAGAGCGGCUUCAGGAUGAAAACGGGGCCACUCAGAACGGGGCAAGCCAUCGAAUAUGUGCGGCAGACCUUCUUAAAAGAAUCUGCCGGGAGCCGAAUUAAAGAAGGGUACCACCAGUUUGUCGUCAUCGUCACUUCCUCCAAGUCGGCCGACAGGGUUCAGAAGGCGUCAAGGGCCAUCAAGGGGGAGGGAGUGAAGGUGAUCUCUGUGGGUCUACAAAACUCUGACCGUCCCGAACUGGAAAUGAUGGCCACGAUGCCACAUGUGUAUCAGCUGAAAACGCUGAAAGAACUCGGUCCCACCGCCAAGGAAGUGAUUGGCGUCAUUACGACCAAAGAAGCCCCGCCAAAGCUUCCUGUCAUAUCUGCUGCUUGCAGGAGCGCAGUUUUGGCUGAUGUUGUAUUUUUAGUGGAUGAAUCUGGAAGCAUAAGCAGUGAAAACUUCAAACAGAUUCGCUCCUUCAUCUCUAAUAUCGUUAACGUUUUGGAUGUCAGCUCAGACAAGGUCCGCAUCGGAGUGGUAUUGUACAGCGAUUCUCCAAAUGUUGAAUUCUUCCUGAACACGUUUUUCUCCAAGGAAGAGGUUCUGCAGCAGGUCCAGAAACUGCCAUUCCGCGGAGGAGGGGCCAAUACUGGACGGGCGUUAGACUACCUGCGGACAGAAAUCUUCCAGGAAAGUGUGGGAAGUAGGAAGGCACAGGGAGUGCAGCAGAUAGCCGUGGUGAUCACCGACGGAAUCUCCAGCGAUAAUGUAAGCCUUCCCGCUGCCAACCUCCGACGUGACGGUAUCACCAUUUUUGCAGUGGGAGUCCAAGAAGCUGACAUCAGUCAGUUGAGGCAAAUUGCUUCACACCCACCACGGAAGUACGUGCACAAGGUGGAGAACUACCUGGAACUGUCCAAUGUGAAGAAGUCCCUCCAGAAACUGCUGUGCAAUGACAUCCUCGUGCAGGCCUUUGUGAUUCCAAAGGUGACGCGGCUUAUUGCAGAAGGGUGUGAGGAAACCGAAGAAGCGGACAUCUACUUUUUAAUAGACGGAUCUGGCAGCAUUUACCCUCAAGACUUCCUGGACAUGAAAAAAUUCAUCAUUGCAAUGACAAAGAUGUUCAGAAUAGGGAAGGAAGAAGUCCGCAUUGGUGUGGUCCAGUAUUCGCUCACCACUCGACUGGAGUUCUCUGUCGCUCAGUAUGGCACUGCAAAAGAAAUAACAAUUGCUGUGAAGAAUAUCGCCCAGCUAGGAGGGGGCACCGAGACGGGAGCUGCGCUGAAAUCCAUGGAGAACCACUUCAGGGAGGCAGCGCGAACCCGGCAAGCGAAGGUGCCCCAGUUCCUGAUCACAAUCACCGACGGCAAGUCUGAUGACAGUGUGGUGGAAGCCGCAAACAGCCUCCGCUCGAUGGGCGUGUUGACGUAUGCCGUUGGCAUAAGGGACGCGGACAUGGCGGAGAUCGAGCAGAUCGCUGGCGUGCCAGAAAGGAUGUUCUACGUGAAUAACUUUGACUCUCUGAAGCAAAUUAAAGAUGAAGUCGUUCGAAAGAUUUGCUCCAAGGAAGUGUGCAAGCAGAAGGAAGCAGACGUCAUUUUCCUCAUUGAUGGCUCAGGAAGCAUUUUCCCUGUUGACUUUGACAAGAUGAAAGGAUUUAUGGAAGCCAUGGUGGACAAAUCCGACAUUGGUCCCGAUAAAGUGCAGUUUGGGCUGCUUCAGUUUAGUGAUUCACCACGGGAAGAGUUUCAGCUCAAUGCCUACGACAACCAACUGCAACUCAAACAGGAAAUCACUAACAUGGAGCAGCUGGGAGGCGGGACCAAUACGGGGGCGGCUUUGGAGUUUGCCUCUCAGUAUUUUGACCAAUCAAAAGGAGGCCGCCCUUCGGUCAGGCAGUUCUUGGUCAUCAUCACCGAUGGCGAGGCACAAGAUGAGGUCAGCAAGCCGGCACAGGCCCUACGACAGAAAGGCAUCAUCAUCUACUCCAUUGGCGUGGAGAAUGCCAACACCACCCAGCUCCUGGAAAUCAGCGGCGGCAUAGACAAAGUUCACUCCAUUAAUAACUUUGACGACCUUCGCUACGUCGAAGACAAAAUAAUAUUUGAAAUCUGCACACAGGAAGAAACCUGCAAGAGGAUGGAGGUGGCUGACGUGAUGUUUGUGGUCGAUGGCUCAGGGAGUAUCCAGCCAGAACAAUUUGUAAGCAUGCAGAAGUUCAUGAUGUCCCUGGUGAAUAUUUCGGACGUCGGCAAGGACAAGGUGCACUUCGGGGCGGUGGUGUAUUCCAACCAACCGGAUGAAGCAUUUCGCCUAAAUCAAUACUUCACAAAGGACGGCUUGAAAGACGCCAUUUGGAAAAUGCACAAAAAGGGGGGUGGAACGUACACGGCCAGCGCCAUGACUUUUGCUCGCGAUCGCUUCACUCAGCCUUACGGCGGCCGCAUGUCUAACAACGUGUCCCGGGUGAUGAUAGUCAUUACAGAUGGAGCAGCUACCGACAGGAUCGCUCUGCCUAUCGCGUCCAGGGAUGUGCACAAGCAGGGAAUCAGCGUCUACGCAGUUGGGGUGGGCAACGCAAAGACUCAAGAUUUGGAAAUUAUGGCAGGAACAAAGAACAAAGUGUUUUAUGUGGACAGUUACAAAUCACUGGAAGCACUUCACAAAAACAUGAGCCAGCUCCUCUGCAAUGAAACCCAGAAAGAAUGUGAAGUUCUAAGAGGAGACAUUGUGAUACUCUUGGACGGAUCUGAAAGCAUCAGCAAGGGAAACUUCACGAUCACGCUACAGUUUAUGAAGGAGGUGGUGAACCAUUUCAAAAUCGGAGAAAAAGAAGUCAGAAUCGGCGUCGCACAGUUUAGCACUAAUGUGCGCAAAGAGUUUUACCUGAAUGAAUUCUACGCCAAAGAGGAUAUCUUCAAAAGAAUUGAUACCAUAGAUCAAAUAGAGGAAGGAACCCGCACCGGAAACGCGCUGACGUUCGUCAGGUCCUUCUUUACUGCCGAGGCCGGGAGCAGAAAGGCUCAGGGUGUGCCACAGAACCUCCUCAUCAUCACGGAUGGGGAUUCCAAGGAUCCAGUUGAAGAGCCAGCUAAAGCUUUACGGGCAGAAAACAUCAACAUAUACGUCAUUGGCGUGGGAAACUUGAAUGAUUUUGACCUGAUAAAGAUUACCGGAGAUUCAAAUCGCGUUUUUCCAAUCACUAACUUCAAUGCUCUUGAAAACAUCAAGCAGAAAAUUUUCGAUGAGCUCUGUCAAAAAGAGGAAGCCAAGUCUGACUGCAACAUUGACAUUGCGGUGGGUUUCGACAUUUCGAAGAGGACCAGGCCCACAUUGUUCUUCAGCGGACAGCCAAACCUGCAGGUUUAUUUCCCUGAAAUUAUGGCACAGAUCUCAUCGGUGGCCAAGAUCAGCUGCGCCUCGGGCUCCCAGAUCAGCGUUCGGCUUGGCUAUCACCUGGCCACCGACACUGGGAAGGUCAUUUACGACACUCGGUUUGAGAACUACAGCACAGAAAUUGUUGAGAAGCUGAUGACUCUGCAGACCAGGGAAGCCACCUUCUUGAAUGAAAGGUUCUUGCAGGAUUUUGCUGAUAAAUUUACAAAGGACUCCAACGCCAAAGUGAAGGUGCUGCUCAUUUUCUCAGAUGGAUUGGACAGCAGUGUUGAGAUAAUGGAGGAGGAAUCGAGAAAACUGCAGGGAAAAGGGAUUCACACGCUGGUGACUGUCGCUUUGGAUGGCAUCUUCAAUGCCAACGAUCUGCAGAGAAUCGAAUUUGGCAGAGGCUUUGGCUACAACAGCCCGCUGGCCAUUGGGAUGCAGAAUGUCGCUGGUGCCAUCUAUAAAGAGCUGGACUCGGUGUUCGAGCGGGAGUGCUGCUGUGUCAGCUGCAAGUGUGUCGGCCAGGAGGGACCUCGGGGUCCGAGAGGAAUGCCAGGGCUGAAGGGACAGCCAGGCCAGAAGGGAUCGCCUGGGCACCCCGGAGAAGAAGGUGGAGUUGGUGAAAGAGGUCCUGCGGGUCUCAAUGGCACUCAGGGAGUGGAUGGCUGCUCCGGCCAGAGAGGUAUAAAAGGUGUGAGAGGCGCCAGAGGAGAGCGGGGUGAAGAUGGAGAAGGUGGAAUUGACGGUGUGAACGGCGAGAUGGGUGAGCGCGGAUUACCUGGAAGCCCUGGAGAAAGGGGCAGCCCCGGAAAUCAGGGCUUCAGAGGUGUCAGAGGAUUUCCAGGAGAUCGUGGAGAGGAUGGACUCAGAGGGGACCCUGGUGAUCCAGGCGUGGACAGCACUGUUCGGGGUGCCAAAGGGCAAAAAGGAAGACAAGGAAUACAGGGUGACACGGGACCAGAUGGCAUCCCCGGAAGUGGUAGCCCUCCAGGAAACCGAGGUCCACAAGGUCGAAGAGGACCCCCUGGUGUGAAGGGGGACCCUGGAGAUUCAGGACCAAUUGGACGUCAUGGAGAACCUGGAGCCAGAGGACCGCAGGGAGAGCGAGGCCCUCGGGGACCAGAAGGACCACCUGGUCCACCAGGAUUACCAGGACUUCAGGGUGGGCCGGGAGCUCCAGGCUCGAAGGGGUCCGUUGGAAACGAAGGUCCAAAAGGCCAAAAGGGUCAGCCUGGAGAAGAAGGCGAGAAAGGUCAGAGUGGACCAGUGGGGCCUCGAGGACCAGCAGGUUUUAAUGGCAGGGAUGGAUUUGGUUCACCGGGACAAAAAGGAAAGAAGGGAGAAAUGGGAUUUCCGGGAUACCCUGGACCUCAGGGAGAUGACGGCGAUCCCGGGCCUAACGGAGAAAACGGAUUGAAAGGCAUUCGUGGCAGAAGGGGGAAUGCCGGUAAUCCCGGUAGGCCAGGAGAGCCAGGAAGCGAAGGUCCCAUGGGAGCCAGGGGUGCAAAGGGACCCAGUGGAACGAGAGCAAUGAGUCCUUGUGAACUUGUUCAGUUCGUCCGGAAAAACUGCCCCUGCAGUGAAGGCAAGUCAGAUUGCCCUUCCUACCCAACAGAUCUUGUCAUCGCAUUAGACAUGUCUGAGGACGUGACACCGACUGCCUUUGAAAGAAUGCGAAAUGUCACCCUCAGUAUUGUGGAUCAACUGGCCAUCACUGAAAGCAACUGCCCGACGGGAGCCAGAGUGGCGGUCGUCACCUUCAAUACUCACACAAAAUACUUGAUACGAUUUUCUGACUAUCUCCUAAAGAGCAAGCUCAUCAACAGUAUCCGACAAAUAGCCCUGGAGAGGACAUCCAAUCAGCGUAACAUUGGGGCCGCCAUGAGGUUUGUGGCACAGCACGCGUUCAAGCGUGUGAGGAAGGGGAUGCUGGUUAGGAAGGUGGCGGUUUUCAUCGCUAAUGGCGCUUCUCAAGACGUGACACCCAUCAACACUGCUGUUCUUGAAUUCAAAGCUCUGGACAUCACUCCUGUGGUUAUCGCCUUCAAGAACGUCCCCAAUGUCGUUCGUGCUUUUGCGACUGACCAAACUAGAAGUUUUCUCGUCCGAGUUUUAGAAAGACAAAUGAACCAAGAGGAGCAGUUACGGUAUAUUCUACGAUGUUCCGUGUGCUAUGAUGUGUGCUCCCCAUCGGAGGAAUGCAGCCAAGUCAAUCUCCUUCCUGUUCCACAGCCAAUAAACAUGGACCUCACUUUUGUUGUGGAUGGUUCACGCAACAUACGGACAGAUGAGUAUGAAGGGAUUAAAGAGCUCCUGAAUGCUGUGCUGAAUGAUGUCAUCGUCAGCGAUCAAGUAAGGCCAUUUUCUGCAGGAGCUCGCAUUGCUUUGGUCCAACACAGUCCCCUGAGCCACGCACCGAGACAAGGCCAGUCCCCAGUCACCCUGGAGUUUGACCUCGAGCAAUACCGCAACAGGAAUAUGAUGAAGAGGCACAUUUCAGAAAAAAUGAGGCAAGUCGGGGGAUCUUCUAGUGUCGGCUACGCCAUUGACUGGGUGAUGAAGAACAUUAUGAAUAAAUCCAGGCCCAGGAGUUUGAAAGUCAUCUUCGCCAUCGUCGGAGGAGAGACGAGCGAAUGGGACAGAGAGAAGCUUCUCGAGUCUGCACUGGUGGCGAAAUGUCAAGGAGUGGCCAUGUUUGUCUUGACUGUGGGGAGGAAAUUCUCAUCGUCCCAAAUUGAAGAUCUCGCCAGCGAUCCUCUGAGUCAACAUGUGGUUUAUUUGGGACGAGUGCAACUCCCGGAAAUUGAGUACGCCGAAAGGUUUUCCCAAGCAUUCUUCAGCCUUCUAAAUAGUGGACUGACCAGAUAUCCUCCUGCGGUUCUUCAGAGACAAUGUGAAGGAGUGGCUGCAGGACCAGCACUAGGAGACGCGUUACGCUCCGGACCAGUCAGCAGGGUGUCAUUCGAAAGCCUUUCCGAACGUAACACUAAAUACAUCACCAAAUCGAUAGAGGAGCAAAUUGGGGACACUGUCUCGGUUUUAGAAGAAAUUAGAGAGGUGCCUGAAGACGAUGAUGUCAAUUCUGCAACUGAAAAACCUACUCAUGCUGUACAGUCCGAACACUGCCUGUUGGAAGUGGACCUUGGGUCAUAUUGCGGAAACUAUUCCCAAAGAUGGUACUAUAAUAAAGCAAUCAAUGCAUGCGCCUUGUUCUGGUAUGGCGGUUGCGACGGUAAUGAAAACAGAUUUAACACGGAAAACGAGUGUCUCCAUGCAUGCUCCGCUGCACCAGCACUCCAAGGCACCAAAGAGGAGAGGACACAAAAUGAAGAUGUGUGCGCCCUCCAGCGGGAUGAAGGACCUUGUCGGAAGUACAGCCUGAAGUGGUACUACGACACAGAGAAAGACACCUGCUCUCGCUUCUGGUAUGGCGGCUGCGACGGAAAUAAGAACCGAUUUGAAACUCAACGGGAAUGUGAAGCCCUGUGUGUGAGAGCCACCUAGCACCCCUCCUGAUAGACGGCAUGUACAAUUUGCACUAGGAUUGUCAGAUCUUUUUGGAAGCAAUACAAUCGAGAAGAUUCCCCGUUUCCUUUUAAAUACCAAUGUUUUAUUUAACUGGAUUUGUAUUUUCGAAGGCGGUUUUCUCAUUCACGUUAGAAAUUUGAACAUUGCCACCAGCUCAGUGAUUUCCCCCAGGCUAUCACAUCCACAUCUUGCAGUAAGGAUAACAAUUAGACAGACAACGCCAUAUGAGUUCAUCUUAUUACUACUCUCUUUUCUGUUUUGUUUUAUAACGUAUAC